AUGGAUAACUCUUCUUCAGCACGAAAAGUCUCAUCAUCAGGUAUAAUUACAAAUCCAGUCAAGCCAUCAUCCACUUCGAAUGCACCACGAAGUAUCCUUGUGAGAAAAUCAAGUAACGGAUUUGGAUUCAACGUGCGUGGACAAGUGUUCGAAGGCGGACAGGUCAAAGCCAUACAUGGAACGCUUUAUGGGCCACUUCAACAUGUUUCUGCUAUUUCAAGUCGAGGCGCAGCUGAACGAGCAGGUCUCUGUGUAGGAGAUAAAAUUCUUGAAGUAAAUGGAGUCGAUGUCGAAGGAGCAUCACAUAAACAAGUGGUUGAUUUGAUUAAACAUAGCGCUGAUGAGCUUCGUCUUGUUGUGAUUGCAUCCGUUGGUGAAGAAUCACAUAGUGAUGUGCAUUCAGGAGAAGAAUCCAGUGGAAGCUCAAAUGAUUAUUCUGAGAGACGUUCAUUGGCAAUUACAAUACCAGAUUACAGUUUACUAGAAGUUAACGAUGAGAAAUUUUAUGUAUUUAACAUUCAUAUCGCCGGUCGUCAUUUGUGCUCACGACGUUAUCGUGAAUUUUCGUCGUUACAUCAACAAUUGAAACAGGAAUUUCCAGAUUUUCCGUUCAAUUCCUUACCAAAGAAAUGGCCAUUUAAACUAUCGGAUCAGCAGCUGGACGCCCGACGACGUGGUUUAGAACAAUAUCUUGAUAAAAUUUGUUCGGUUCGUGUCGUCGGCGAUUGUGACUUAGUUCAAGAAUUUCUGUCAGCCGAUGUCUACGAGAGAGAUGCAGUUUCCAUUGAUGUGGAAAUAAAAAUUAUGUUGCCUGACCGAUCGGUUGCUGUUCUCAAAAUCAAACGUUUUUCGACUGCUGAUAAAGUUUACGAAGCGAUCGUGGAAAAGAUUGAUUUACCUCAACAAUGUACUCCGUAUUUCUAUCUCUUCGAAAUUCUCGAUUAUACAUUCGAACGUAAACUUCGACCAACAGAAUACCCUCAUCAAAUCUAUGUACAAAAUUGUUGUACAGCAAACACUACAUGUUUAUGUUUACGCAAAUUUCUCUUCUCACCCAAUGUUGAAAAUCAACUCCUGAAAUAUCCAUUAGCACGAGAUUAUCUCUAUCGUGAAGCCAUCGAUCAAUUGAGUCGUUCACAAAACUCGACCGCCGAUCAGCGUUCAGCUUUGAAAACAUUUGAUGAAAUCGAAUACAUUAAAUAUGCUCAAACAUUCACCGACAUAUAUAAUACGAUAACAUUUCCUCUAUGUCCGUGCAGUUCGCGCAAAGAUAAUGGAUGUGUUAUUGUCUCAGUAAAUAGUACUCGUCUUCGUUUACACGCUUGUUCGGAUGAUGGUCAAUUAGAAGCCGACCAAAUAGCAGAUUUCGAAUGGUGUACAAUUGGACGCUAUUGUAUCGAUGAACAAUAUUUUAUUUUCGAGUAUAAACGUUCAUCAAUGAAGGCAGCCAAACCAGUUAAAUUGCAAUCACCAUUUGGACAGUUCAUAUGUACUUUGCGAUCCCUGAUACAACAGAAAUCUCUGCUAAACAAAUUUACGUUACUCGCAAUUGCAUUCGUUCCAUACUGA